UUUAAAAAUCGUUCAGUUUAUUUAAAAAUAACGUGCAAAGUCUUGAGUUUUCUCAAUAAAAUUUUACUUUUACUUUUUAAAAUGUACCUACCUACCUAACCUUACCUUUAUUUGGAGGAGUUAACCUAAAACUUGUGGCGUUUUGUUAUUAAAAACCAUAUUAAAGUAUAAUUAGAAGGAUUACAGUUUUGAAAAAUGAUUGAAAGUAUAUUUCAACUUUAAUUCUAAAUCUUUACCAGCAGGAUAUUCAUAUAAAGGCAGAUAAGGAUGUAUUUUCACAACUGAAGAUAUAUGUUCGAAAAUGUUUUGCUGCUUGAGAAAUUGCUUCGAUAGUUUUGGCCUCACUGCAGGUCAAAUUUCUAAAGAAGAAAGAAACCUUAUCGCUCUCGAUACAACACAUAUGGGCCAUGAGGUCGUGAUUGUAAAAAAUGGACUAAGAGUUUGCGGUAGAGGUGGAGCUUUAACAAAUGCACCAUUAGUACAAAGCAAAAGUUACUUUGAAGUCAAAGUUCAACAGGGAGGCAUUUGGGCCGUUGGGCUAGCAACAAGAUCUGCAGAUCUUAACACUGCUUGUGGUGGACUAGACACGGAAAGUUGGGCUCUAAACUCGGAUGGAUUUAUCAGGCACAAUCAACAAGAGUUACAUAAAAUUCAAAAUCUUGCUCAGGAAGGCGACAUUAUUGGCGUUGCUUACGAUCAUAUUGAAUUAAACUUUUACCUGAAUGGUAAAACCUUAGAGGCACCAAUUAUGGGAGUAAAGGGCACAAUGUUUCCAGUACUUUAUGUUGAUGAUGGAGCAAUUUUGGAUUUAAUCCUCGACGACUUUAUUCACGCCCCUCCAGUUGGUUUUGACAAAAUAAUGCUGGAACAAUCUUUACUCUAGCAGAUUAUUUUCUAAUACUUAUCUUCCAAACCAACAACUAUUUUUAAAUAUUGAAUAUUUCUGUGAAUUUUUGUGCGAAUUGCGUGUUUCCUGUAAAAUGAAAAAAAAGUUAAUGUAAAGGUGUGUCUGAGUAGUAAUGUUCGUGUAAAGUAAAUUAUAUAUAAUCAAUUACUUUUAAUUAUUAUGAGUUAACUAAUUUUUCGACAUCCAUAAUUGUAAAUAAACAGAGAAGUAUAAAAUUCCUAAAAGAAACGUUAA